ACCGGCGGUGGCGGCUGGGUCGGGCCCCGACGGGCGGCGGCUGCUGAGGUGGAGGCGGAGGGAGGCGGCAGCAGCGGCGAAGGAGGUGGCGGCGGCGGAGGAGGAGGGGGGAAGAUGGCGGCGCCCGUCCUGCUGAGAGUGUCGGUGCCGCGGUGGGAGAGGGUGGCCCGGUAUGCAGUGUGCGCCGCUGGGAUCCUGCUCUCCAUCUACGCCUACCACGUGGAGCGGGAGAAGGAGCGGGACCCCGAGCACCGGGCCCUCUGCGACCUGGGGCCCUGGGUGAAGUGCUCUGCUGCCCUUGCCUCCAGAUGGGGUCGAGGAUUUGGUCUUUUGGGUUCCAUUUUUGGAAAGGAUGGUGUAUUAAACCAGCCAAACAGUGUCUUUGGACUUAUAUUUUAUAUACUACAGUUAUUACUUGGCAUGACAGCAAGUGCAGUUGCAGCUUUAAUCCUCAUGACAUCCUCCAUCGUGUCUGUAGUAGGGUCUUUGUACCUGGCCUACAUUCUGUACUUUGUGCUGAAGGAGUUUUGCAUCAUCUGCGUCAUCACAUACGUGCUGAACUUCAUUCUUCUUAUCAUCAACUACAAACGACUAGUUUACUUGAAUGAGGCCUGGAAACGGCAGCUGCAGCCCAAGCAGGACUGACAACCUGGCGAACUCCUAACUGACAGUCUGAAGUCCCUUUUUCCAUUAAGUUAAUUUUGCAGCAUUUUUUUUAUUCUUCACAACAGACACUUUCCCUAAGAAUCUUAAACUGAUUUUUUAAAAUCUUGUAAAUUAGAAGGGUAUUUUCUGUGUCAAUCUUCAUUUUAAAUAUGGAUACAAAAAAAUACGCCGAGCCAAUCAAAGACAAGCUUUAACUUUACUUUGAACAUGUUUCUGAAAUAAUUAAAUGUAGCCCUCAAUUGUAAAGUGAGCAACCAUUGCUAGUAAUUCCCCACCGUGUAUAAAUUCAACUUCAGGUCUAACCAAUGUGAUCAUGACAUGGAAAUAUUUUAGAAUAGAUACUGUCUUAGUAUUGCCAUGUUUACAAUAUGUAGUAUGUUUUUAGCUGAUGAAUUUUAAAAUGUAGACUCAACUAGAAUUCAUUUCUGUGAUAUUUGUAAAUAAAGGUAGAAAUAUUGGAUCCAUCCCUGCAGAACUUACUGUACAGUUUAGUUGAAGCAUAGCAAUGAAGAAUUGUCAGCUCAACACUGACAAAGAAAACGUGAAAGUAGUAAGCCCAUACAGAGCAUCUUGUGAAAAAUACUGGUAGCCAUGGGUCCAGCAUUGACAGCAAAAAUAAUAGGGUAGGUUGUUCCCUUUCAUCUCCUUCCUCUGAAAGGAAGAAACUAUUUGGACAUUCAAGUCAAGUUUGUGUCCAGUCAUAAAACUGGCUCAGUUCUGUCUUAAGUCAUGUGACCAAACCAUCAAGUCCAAGGCCUUCAGGACACUAAAGAUGGGAAAAUGGGUAUAUUUCUUUGGAGAAAAGCUGGAAAUAUUAAUAUAGGAUUUUAAGAUAAAGUCUCUUAUAAGAGUUGACUUUUCAUACUUUUCCUUAACAUUGGUGCCACUCAACCAAACAGUAUUACAGCUUUGAAAUAACCAGUAUAAGCCCAGUCACUCCAGAGUAGGAUUGCCCUUGGGUAGCUCUGUAGUGUUUUCCCUGUUAACUUUGUGCACUAACUAAUUGAAUGUCUAGUUUAAUCGUUUUAGAGUCAAAUAUUAUUGGAUUUGUAAACUUUAGGGCUGCCAUGCUGCUCAGUCUGCUUAAUCGGGAGUUCUACAGGUAGACAUACCUGAGGGUGAAGUGCAGUAAUGUCACUGCUCUCUCUAGUAGCUACACAAACACAGAAUUUUUUAAAGUGAUUUGAAUAAACCCAAAUAAAAUUGUGACAGUCUGUUUUAUGGUGAACAUCUUGUAUCAGAAUGUUAAAAGUGCCUUCUCUCUUAAAAAACCAAAUAAUUUGUGUGUUGAACUGGGCAUAAGUGUCCUUCCUUCCUUUCUUAGCAUAAAGUAGACAACUUGCAUUCUGUAGAAAGGUUCUAUAUGAUCAUUCAGUUCCUUAGAUUGAGAGGCAGUAGCGAAAACUUUGCUUCCAAUUCAAUCAGUCAUUAUGUUAAAAAUAGACCGGUAAUUUAAGUGCUUUAUUUGCCUUUUUGAAGGGAAGGGGACAGGCUCUGCUCUGUAAACUGUAUGUGUAGAGUCAGCAACUGUUUCCAACUGACUGUCAUUAAUUGAUACAAUGUGUCCUGUAGCCCAAGGCAGGUAUAAAAUCUGAAUUGUAAUGAACUUGAAUGAAUUUAAACCAGUUUUGUAAACGAGGGUUUAAUUCAGAAAUCGUCCAGGCUGGUGUGUUCCCAUGAAUGUGAAUAUUUCAAUGCCUGUUUUAUUAUGUAUGUAUUGUUCUUAUUUCUGUAGUUAAAGAACUCUAGAAAGCAUUGAUUGGAUGUCUUGUUUAUGGAGAAACGAGCCCUAAUGCUGAAGUGAAUUGUACAAUGAGGUCUUGUAGUAGUGCUUCCAGUUCUGCCAAGCCGUUUACUGGUUCUCUUUUCUAAGCUGCAGUGGAAAUGGCUCAACGGUUAAGACUUCUGUGGUAUAUGUAACACUGGUUCUGCUAAUCAAGUUCCUCAUGUCCCAAUUUAAAAUGGUUUUUCAUCAUAUUUUGUAUCAAUCAGCAGAGUAUAGUUAAAGCUUGUCUUGAUGUCGCACUCUUGCAAAUGUCUUCAACUCCAUGAGAAAAUGUAAAAAUGUUCAGCUAGACCCUUCACGUUUUUCCUUUGCUUUCCUAAGCCUGGGGGAAAACACCACUGUUUGAGUUGUAUAAAAAAAUGUUGCCACAUUCCUAUGACCCAGAAUUAAUAACCUCUUUCUCACUGAGCGAUGAACACGUGCUGCCUGGACUGAGAGCAUUGAAAUGCCAGUACCUCCGUAAGCAACAGAACCCUGGUGGGUGUCGGUUGUAUCUGUGCCCUGGAUGAAUUUAAGCUCCUGUCUGCAUCUUCUGCGUCACCCAGAAGAAGGGGGGGAAACACCGUGUUACAGCAUUUGAGGAUUGGUAUGACUAUUUUAGACAAUAUUUAAACAUUGUAAAAUUAUUAGCCACCAACAUCGAAGAUGUUAGGGGGGAGAUAAAAUUUCUGUUUUUGGUGUUAAUUCCAUGCUUCUUACUUUUUGGUAUGAUUUGUAACAAAUGAAGCCUCUUAUUAACUUGAUAGUUGCAUCAUUUGGAGAAAUAAGAGAAGUUGUGGUUAGAUGAUAAAUUCUAGGGAAUCUAGGUGGUUUGGAGAAUUUCAUUUGGUUUUUCGUUGCAGCUAGUUGCUGUCAGUGCGGGUUAACUUAUGGUGAAAUAACUCGGGUUUAACUAGCCGGGUGCCAAGAACUACUCUUACUUGAUGUAUGUAGCCUCUCCUUGAAUCCGUUACCUUAAAGAUGGUGAAAGCAGUGACCACUGCCAUUUGAAGAGACAAAGAUCUUUUGGUAUGAGAGAUCUUUGGGCCUACUAGGUAGGCUAGAGGACCAAGACAACAGUAAAAAUAAUUUGUUGGCUUUAGUUAGCUUAUAUUCUAUUUAUAUUUACUUUCAAGAUUAUCGGCAGAAGUGCAAAGUUACCUUCAGCAAUUAUUUCAUAACUUAAAUUGGUACCACUGCCCGACAGCAGGCAAUGCUGGAGUAUCUCAAAAAUCAGUAUUAACACAUGCCAACAAGAAACCCACUACUUUUUUUGGUGACCCAUUUGAGAAGGAGAACCUAAUAGGCAACCUUUGUCCUCAUGUAUUUUCCCCCAACAUGCAAACACAGGUGAAACAUCCCUAUUUAGGUAGGUGAGGCCGCACUUAUGAUUCCUCAUUGGUGAGAACUACCCGUCAAUAAAACAAAAGGGGCAUGGGUAGGAGUCCAGGCUACUUGGUGAAAGAUGUCUUUGACAAAUUAGCCCAGAAAGGUGAGAUGUUUUAUUAUAAAACUGUAUUAAGCAUGGCCUAGGUAUGAGGUGUAUGAUCUGUAUAGUAUGUUCCAUCAAAAAUAUUUAUUACUAGUGCUUUAAACUCCAGAGUAAACGUUCAUUUAAAGUGGAGUUAACUGGGCAGAAUUCCCCUUUAACAUAGAUAGGAAUACUCUUUAUCAGAGAUUUAGGACACAGUUUUGCUAACUGGUAAAAAACCAUGUAAAUAUGUAAGAAUGUUUAUUUGUUGCACAUAACUUUUUUGGUAUAAAAUAAAUGUAGAAGUUACCUGUGGAA